AUGAUAUGUCAGAAGGCCAUCUGCAAUGCGGGAGAAAUGACGGUCCAGAUGAGACACAAGCACCCCGGUGAGCUGAACAAAGGGGCACAAGAACCGAACAAACCCACAUCAAGACCCCUCAAGCGAAUGAGGGUGGAAGCUCCGGCCUUACACGGUAAAGCCAUAAAGCAGGAGGAAAGUGACGAAGCAUUACCACAUAUUCCAGUGUGUGCGAGAACAGAGGCAUCCCUCACGACCGAAGCACCAAUAAAACACGAGAAGAAGACACACUGCUGCUGGAGCAGCAGUGAGAAAAAUAAUACAUGGUGUGUUUGA